AUGCUCUCCCAAACCCCUUCUUCACCUCUUCAAGUCAAAACCUUGCUCAAUCUCUCCCAUGACAUCUACAUCGACAACCCUUUAAAGGUCGUGCACCUCCUUUUAUCCAAUUUCCCAAACUACAUGAAGGGCUCUUGCUUAUAUGAUGUUCUUCAUGACCUCCUCAUCCAUGGAAUCUUCAGCGUUGAUGGGAACCUUUGGACCAUCCAAUGCAAGAUUGCUAGCCAUGAAUUCAAUACCAAAUCACUCAAACACUUCAUCUCAAACAUCGUCAACUCUAAGAUCUCGAACCAUCUCAUUAUAUACCUCUCCAAAAUCUGUGAUAAAAAUAGAGUGAUCGAUCUUCAAAAUAUGUUGCAAAAAUUUGGAUUUGAUAACAUAUGCAAUGUAGCACUUGGCACAGACCCUGCUUGCUUGUAUUUAGAAAACAUGAACCAUACUCGAAGCAUGUCAGGAUUGAGCUUUGCCAAAUGUUUUGAUGACACAGUUGAUAUUUGUUCAUCGAGACUUAUGUCACCACUGAGCCUUGUGUGGAAGAUGAAGAGGUUCUUCAACAUUGGUUAUGAAAAACUAUUCAAACAAGUAACAGAAGAAAUCAACAAGUAUGCAAUAGAGAUCAUAGAGUUGAAAAAAGCCAAAUCAGAUGUGGUCAAAGAUGGAGACUUACUUUCCAGGUUCGUGUCUUCAAGUGCAAACAUAGAGUUCCACAAUGUAGAGCACAAGCGGAGGUUUCUGCGAGACAUAGUGAUCAACUUUAUUCUUGCUGGUAGAGACAACACAUCCUUAGCUUUAACUUGGUUCUUUUGGUUGAUUUCUGGCCAUCUGAAGAAGCUUCAUUACCUGCAUGCAGCUUUAUCAGAGUCCAUGCAGUUGUUUCCAUCUGUGCCUAUCAAUUUAAGAUUAACGGUGGAUGAUGAAGUUUUGCCAGAUGGAUUCCUCGUGAGGAAAGGGUGGUUUGCUAAUUACUCUGCAUAUGCAAUGGAGUUUAAGCCUGAGAGGUGGUUGGAUGGUGAUGGGGUGUUUCAACCGUCAUAUCAAUUUCGGUUUCCAAUGUUCCAUUGUGGGCCUAGUAUGUGUUUGGGGAAGGAGAUGGCUUAUGUGCAGAUGAAGUCAGUUGUAGCAGCUGUGAUGUAUGAGUUUGAGGUUGUGGUUGUUAAUGGUGGCGCAACUGCAAAGAAGAUGAUGAACCCUCCUUACAUCUUAUCACUUGUGCUUAAGAUGAAGGGUAGAUUGGCUGUGAGGCUACAUAAAAGACAGCGCUAA